AUGCCUGUGUCUCGCUCACUGUUCAAAUGGUGCUUCUGUGAGGAAUGCAUCGAAACCAGUGAUCGUGCUGAGGAUGGCACGCCUAAGGGGGUACUCAUUGCAGAACGUCUUAUGGCUGCACAUUUACAACACACCAAAUGUACCCAAGCAGAACGUGCUGCCACUGGCUCUCCCUGCACGAACACCAUCACGGAUUUGUUAGUCUCACAGCUGGAUGCACUUGCUCUUAUUGACAACAAACCGCCUGUUUCUCACCCCAACCCCACUCCACCAUUAUCUAUUAUGGCUCUCACGGAUGAUCUAGAGCAACUCACUUUGCUAGAUCAUUUUGUUGCCCAUGAACCCAGAGUCGCUAUUCCUGGCGAUGUCUCCCAAAAGAACAUACAUCGGCCAACUGUGAAGGCCUUGAUGGUCCUCGAUAACAUAGAGUUCUGCAUUCAGCAGUGCUUUCGGUUGUUACCUGCAGACCUUGUGGUCACACAGAAGAGGGCAAUUAUGUUGGAGAUAGAUGGCUUAGAAGCUCAGUUCAACAGUCAAAAGCCUCCUGAAAUGGACUUACAUGCAGCAGUCGAAUUUGAUACCAGUAAGAGUUAA